AGCCAGAAAGCGAUCAGAGAGUUGGUGUGAGGAAGGCGGAUAUCAUUUACUCACUCGUACUGUAAUGCUGUCAGUAUCAUCAAGGUAAAGCAAAGACAACAGCGUUUCAAAAAGGGAAUUAUCUGAAUUAACCGACUUUGAUCACCGGACAAUGAAGUUCCUGGUUAUUGUGAUCCUCUACCUCCUUAAAGGUGGGAUUUGUGGAUUAAACUUGACAGAGUAUGCAGGUCAAUCCAUCAUUAUCAAGUGUAACUACACAAGUGCACAUGUGAAUGAAGAAAAAUAUUUCUGCAAGGAAGGACACAACUUGUCCUGUGAUAAACAAAUCAGGAGCAAUGUGUCAGAAAAGUGGUGGCAAAGCAAAGGCCGAUUCUCUCUGUAUGACAACACUGCCAAAAGCUUCUUGAAAGUGUCCAUCAGAAACUUAACUGAGAGUGACAGCGGCAAAUAUCGGUGUGGAGUUGGUGGGAGAGAGAUUAAAAGCACUGAUGCAUAUUUGAACGUAAUGGAGGGUAAAACAGAAUCCAGAAUACCUCCUGUGUAUGAGGGAUAUACAGGAAAAAACAUCUCUAUUAUGUGCCCUUAUGACCUGGGGAAGUACGGAAAUGUAAUGAAAUACUUUUGUAAAAAUGAAGCAGUUGCAUGUACGGAUAGAAUAAGAACAGGGAUAAAAGAUCAAUGGAUCGAACCUCAAAAAGAUUCCAGAGGUAAAGAUAGGUUCUAUCUCUAUGACAACACCACUGGAGGAUUCUUCAUGGUGAACAUCACCAACCUCACUACAGAGGAUGCUGGGACGUACUGGUGUGGUGUCCACGUCUCUUUUCAGAACUCUCCUCUCUCAGUGGACAACCUCACUGAAGUAAUACUCAACGUGAAGAAUGGAUCCCAUAAAGACGAUUCAAACGAUAUUUCACCAGGCAUUACGGCCCCACUCUUCAUGACUCUGGUCGUGGUGGCUGCGCUGGUGUUUGGAGCCGCAUUCUUCUUUUGUUGGCAACACAGAAGGAACAACAGUAAAGGUCUGGCGACUGAUUCUAACCUUGAAGAACACAACAACCAACAAGAUUCCGGCCACAGAGAUUGUGAGUAUGAGGAGAUACAGGAACCCACCCACCCUCUCAACAGAGCUGGAACCGAAGACAACGCUGUUUAUGCCAACGCUCAAUUACCCACAAACCUCUCUGACAACCACACAUACUCUACUGACUUACCCACAAUGCAGUCUGAUAAUGCAACAUGCUCCACUGCUCGAUUACCCACUAUGCACUCUGUUGAUGCAACAUAUUCUAUGGCUCAAUUACCCAAAAUGCAAUCUGAUAAUGCAACAUAUUCUAUGGCUCAAUUGCCCAAAAUGCAAUCUGAUAAUGCAACAUAUUCUAUGGCUCAAUUGCCCAAAAUGCAAUCUGAUAAUGCAACAUAUUCUAUGGCUCAAUUGCCCAAAAUGCAAUCUACUCUGCAUACUCAAGUCUUCAAUUUCCCAACAACCCUGGUGGUGACUCCACUGUUACCUUACCCAGAAACCCCACAGACUGCAUCACAUAUAGCACUGUUCAAUUACCCAUAACACGUUCUGCCUGACACCACUGAUAUUAUGCAUGAAUCCAUUUCACUGAGCUGAAUGUACUGAUUCUAGGAAAAAAUGACAAACAGUUAUAUAGACAAAAAUAUUACUCACAAUUGUGUCUAGAAACCAUCAUAGCUCGGUCAGAAAUAGUAACUUUUGUUGUUGAAAUGACUCAACUUUGCACGUGUUAAUGAUGUUUCGCGGCAUGUAAAGUGAUCAUUCAUAAUACGCUGUCUAGAAACACCUGAUAAACGGUUCUCCUGACAGUUGGCCACCCUUUAUAUGUGAAGUGUCUUUAAGUGUUUUACUACAAUUUAUCUAUCAAUAACAUUAUUUUGAAUUCUUCAUGUUGUUCCUUUCUGAGCCUUGUGUGUCAUACUUUGUGUGUAAUUUUCAGUGAAUAAUAUUUUG